AUGGACCCGGCCGCAACAGAUGGGAGCUGUGACAACAUGAACUCACCGCCCGCCAGAUCAACUGCCGGCAGUCAAGUCUCGCUCACCGGAGGGCAGUUUAUCAACUCAAACAUAUCUGCCUCACCCCAGAGUCUCCCCCUCGAGUCUUCGCGGCAGCCCCAAGUUUCCUCGCCAAACAGUUACUCGUCAACGACCUACCUAAGCUCGUCCGCCGCGGAGUCAUCUUACCUCCCCACACCUGCUUCUCAAUCCUACUCCCCGUUUCCGGUCCUAACUCCGGCCGGCCUAAACUCGAGCUGGAGUCAAACGGACCAGCUGCAGUCGGACUCUACUUCAUCUCUUCGCCAACAACAGGGCAGAACCUCACUACAGCCAUUGACAUCAGACUCUCGUCAAAUAGAGAGAUCAUCCGACAUGAGGCCCUCUAGAGUCGAAUGCGUCUGGCAGUUCGAUGAUGGGCACUGGACUGUCAUCAAUGGGUCCGGUCUCUGGACCCAGCCUCUCGCCGCCACCACAGUCGAGAUCUCUGACCUCGAGCCCCCCACGACUAUCCCUUACAACAGACCAGCGAGAAAUCAAGCGUCACCAAGACAAAGCACGUCGGGACACAAGACUAGUGGGCCGAAUGCGCAGAGCCAGCAGCAAUUCCUACGUCGAUUCCCCGCCGGCAGCCAUGGGGCUCCCCAGUGCGACGACUGCCAUGAAUCUUCCAGCCUAUACAACUUCUCCGGCUCCCGUGACUCUCAUGAGUGA